GCUGUUUAAGAUCAACUGCCAGCUAUAAUAAAUAUGACCGGUGCCACCCCUAGCAUAGUGAAUGUGAAUUCUGCAACUUGUAUCUGUGUUCAUCUCGCUCCCAACAUCAGAAAAUGGAUGACCUAGCUGCGAAGGAAUCGAUUAUCCCGGGGAAGGAUGGGAUUGAGAUGGAUGCAGAUGAGAUGCGGCUGGCUCAGAUGGGUCACAAUCAGGAGCUGGAGCGUCACUUCAGCACUUUGUCUCUGAUUGGCCUGGCGUCCACGACGACGAUAUCAUGGACUGGCUUGGGGCUCGGUAUCGUUACGGAAAUCAACGCUGGUGGACCAGGUGCAAUCAUCUACGGCUUCAUCCUCGUAACGAUCAUGCAGUCGUUUCUCGGCGCAUCUCUGGCUGAGUUUGUCUCAAGCUACCCGACCGAGGGCGGCAUGUAUCAUUGGAUUGCUGCCGUUGCCCCGAAGAAAUCGAGUGCCUUCUUGAGCUUUAUCACGGGGUGGUUGACUGUCGCUGGCUGGAUCUUUACCACAGCGUCGACCAACUUAAUCUUCUCCCAGGUCGUCCAAGCACUUUAUGCGCUCUACCAUCCAGACCUUGUCAUUCAAACCUGGCAAACGUUCAUCAUCUACCAGAUUCUGAAUAUCCUCACUGCCGGGGUAGUUUUAUUUGGAAACAAAAUCAUUCCCGCCCUGAACAAAUUCUCUUUGUUUUACCUUCAGAUUGGCUGGCUAGUUGUCCUAGUUACCGUCGUGGCGUGUGCACCUACUUAUCAAAGCACCGAAUUCGUCUUCAGGACAUGGAUCAACAAUACCGGGUGGAAUAAUAAUGUCAUCUGUUUCAUCACUGGCCUGGUCAAUCCGCUGUACAGUUUGGGAGGACUUGAUGGUGUUAGCCAUAUCACUGAAGAGAUGCCUAAUCCCUCGCGUAAUGCGCCGUUGGCAAUUGCCAUCACCUUGACUGUCGCAUUUGCUACCGGUCUUACUUAUCUGAUCGGCCUCAUGUUUAGUGUGCAGGACUAUGCUUCCUUGUCCACAACAAGCACUGGGUUGCCUUUGGCCGAGCUUUUCCACCAGGUCACGCAAUCCGCAGGCGGCGCCUUCGGACUAACAUUCAUUCUUUUCGUUGCCCUUGGGCCCUGCGUUAUCUCUUCGCAACUCUCCACCUCCCGGGUCCUGUGGGCCUUUGCGCGGGACGGCGCCAUGCCAUUCUCGGGAGUAUGGGCCCAUGUCAGCAAGCGAUUCAAGAUUCCCUUCAACGCGCAGCUGUUCGUUGCCGGCGCCAAUGCCGCUCUGGGCUGCCUGUACCUUGGUAGUAGCACUGCGUUCAACAGCAUGUUGGGUGCUGCAGUCACAAUCAAUAAUGUCUCAUACUUGAUCCCGAUUGCCACCAAUAUGCUCACAGGUCGGGCCAACAUGCACAAGGGGGUGUUUCACAUGGGUCGAUGGGGUUGGGUUGUUAACAGCGUUACUGUGGCCUGGCUCCUGUUUGCGAUUACCUUCUUCAGCUUUCCAUACAGCAUGCCAGUCACGGUUCAGAACAUGAACUACACUUGUGUCGUUGUGGGGGGCUUGUGUAUCCUGAUUCUUGGAUGGUGGUUUGUCGGCAGCCAGCAGUAUAAGGAUCGGAUUACUCGGGUGAAGGAGGAGUAGGGACGCAAGAGAUUUUAUACGAGAUGGAUGAAUCCUGUUUUAUAUAUAAUAAUGACGGUGAUGAUGGAAGUGAAACUGGCCAGGUCUUCUUGCCCGUGACUUGUACCAGCUGGGUGAAUAUAACAAAAUUGAACCGAUAUCCCAUAC